AUGGCUCCUCACAACGACGUAGGCGCCUUUCACGAAGCUCUCCGCUCAAGUAGGCGCAUACUGGCGCUCUGUGGAGCUGGUCUCUCAGCAUCAUCUGGCCUACCAACUUUCCGAGGCGCUGGCGGCCUUUGGCGAAACCAUGAUGCUACGUCUUUGGCUACCAUGAGCGCUUUCGAGAAUGAUCCCGGUCUUGUGUGGUUGUUCUAUAACUAUAGGCGUCAUAUGUGCUUGCGCGCGGAACCCAAUCCAGCGCAUUAUGCUCUUGCGGCGCUGGCUGAGAAGAACAAGGACUUUUUGUGUCUGACACAAAACGUCGACAAUCUUUCUCAGCAAGCGGGCCAUCCACAGGAUCAACUCCGUACUCUACAUGGCUCUCUCUUCGACAUCAAGUGCACCAACUGCGAUUGGAUUCAACGAGGCAACCAUGAUGAUCCUUUCUGUCCUGCCCUCGCACCAGCUUCAGUCGAUGUAGAGCCAGGCAAACCGUUUCCUCUUCUUGACGCCUCGCAGCCUCUAGACCCAAUCUCGCCAGACGACAUUCCCAAGUGCCCUCAGUGCAAGACGGGCUUUCAAAGACCGGGUGUUGUGUGGUUUGGUGAAAAUCUGGACCAAGUUAUGAUGAUGGGUAUCACGAACUGGCUUCUCAAGGACAAAGUGGACUUGAUGCUUGUCAUUGGCACCUCAGCUCAAGUUUACCCUGCUGCUGGCUACAUCGAUAAAGCCAAACGUAAAGGCGCACGUAUCGCGGUUAUCAAUCCUGAGGCUGAGAAUGAGGAAGAGAUGUACAAGGUCAAGCCUGGUGAUUUUGCAUUUGGCAAGGAUGCUGCAGAGUAUCUGCCUAUACUCUUGGAGCCUGUCAUUGGCAAGCUUGAGGCGGACAAGAAGUGA